CAGUUAUCAAGGUUAGACACUGCGAAAAAGAGGUUGUUCAUACUAAUCAUGGUUGAUAAUUUAUGACUGACCGUACACCAGGGUUAAAAGAUUCACAUUCGCAAUCGUACGUGAAAAUAAAAUCAUAAUGGUGGACCGAUUAGUUAACAGCGAGGCGAAUACCCGUCGAAUAGCUAUCGUCGAGAAUGGUUUUGGAAGUUCAGGACAACCUCUUGCAGUACCAGGUCGUGUACUGGUUGGAGAAGGAGUCUUAACAAAAAUGUGCAGAAAGAAACCGAAACCGCGUCAAUUCUUUUUAUUCAACGAUAUUUUGGUAUACGGAAAUGUAAUAAUCAAUAAGAAAAAAUACAACAAACAACACAUCAUUCCUUUAGAGGAAGUGAAAUUAGAAAGUAUUAAAGAUGAUAAUGCUAAUCAAAAUGGAUGGUUAAUUCGUACAGCUUCCAAAUCAUUUGCUGUUUAUGCAGCUACAGCUACUGAAAAACAAGAAUGGAUGGCCCACAUUAAUAAGUGUAUAGAUGAUCUAUUAAGAAAAAGUGGAAAGAAAGCUGUAGAAGUACAUGCCGCUGUAUGGGUUCCUGAUGGUGAUGCCCCAGUUUGCAUGCAUUGCAAGAAAACACAGUUCACUCUUUUAAACAGAAGGCAUCAUUGUCGUAAGUGUGGUGCUGUUGUGUGUGGUCCAUGCUCAAACAAGCGAUAUCUUUUACCAAAUCAAAGUUCCAAACCCUUACGUGUUUGCCUUUAUUGUUAUGGAAUAUUAAGCGCGAAAGAUAAUGGCCCUCCAAUGAUGGAUGGGGUUAAAAAUGCUGGUGGUACAGAAUCAUCAGGUGAAGAAGAUUCAGACGAUGAAGAGGAAAAUGCUAAACCUGGUACUCAUGAAGUGCCAACUUUCUAUGGAGACAAUGAUCGAUCUGAAUAAUUUAACGUAACGUCAAUUCGGAAUAAUAACGAAGAAAGUAAUAGGUUGAAAAUAAAGAGUCCCUGAGAUUGUUAGAGAAAGAGUACUGACAAAUCUAUUUUUAAUAUGAAUUUUAUUAUUAUUAUUAUUACAAUUAAGUACACUCUAGAUAAUAAGCAAAUAAAUAUACAGAUUUAAAAUAAAAAUUGGACAUAAUUUUGCUAAAUGCACCGAUUCAAAUUGAAAUUAUUGAAGGAAUUAUUUAUAAAAAUACAACUGUAAUAAAUGAUUAUACGUUGGUAUUUAGA